GUCUAAGCCAGCUCAACAACGCGUCAAGUUCAGUAUGAACCGACCUAAGGCUGAGCAUACUGCGUACAGAACCAGGCAUCCAAGAUACUCGUUCCGCUUCGUGCUAUCGGCACGUUCCCCCGGUGGCUGAUUUAAUUUCGUUGCGCAAUUGACUCAUCUUAUUAUGUCGGGGUAUCAUGAUGACGAAGAGCUUCAGGGGAUGCAAGACCUUCGAGAUACACUCUCAGAUGUGGUUGCAGCAUCUAAAUUAACGGCGAAGCAACGUGGUAGUAGCGUGAAACCGGAUGUGGAAAAGUUGGCCUUGCUAUCGUAUGAGCAAGGUCUCCUUCCAGAGGACCUAAGCCAGCUCAUAGAUCUCCUCACGACUCCGAGCUAUCUUGAUCAGGCUAGUCUUGGAAACAUUUUGAGAAAUCUAUACCCUGCUGCUGCUGUGAAUGCGGACUUUGUCGUUAGGAUAAUUGGUUCUCUUGGACAUGGCAAGUUGAAACCGUCUCUUGCCAUUCAAGGGGCACUCCUGAAAUGGCUUGUUAUGAUUUACCACGUUAUUGAUAAUCAGAAUAUCCUCUCACGUACCUAUUCUGUUCUGUUCAAUCUUCUUGAUACCGCCGCAAUUAGGAAACAAUUGUGCCAUUUAUUGGCUCUGAUUACGCGGCGUCGACAUGUACGGCCUUAUAGAAUUCAGAGCCUUCUAUCUCUAUCCAGGCAAACGGGAAAUGAUCCUGCAGUGACUGGACUACUCCGGGUGUUCAAAGACUAUUAUCCUGAGAUUAUUGUGGGCGAAGUAACUCGUGCUAAGGCAUCUACCUUCAAGCACCCAGAUCCUCAAUGGCGCGAGAGGCUGGAUGAGAUCCAACAGGCCCAUGCAGCGCGAACAGCAGACCGCUCAGAACGACCACUAGAAGCGUUUAGAGUGGCUCGAAAUAGGACACAUGGCAAGGGUUCCACCCAACUCCCGGAGGUGCAUACUUCAAACGCUACGGAGAACUCUAUAACACUCGAGGAGAUUGAGAACGUAGACGGCUUUGUAAACAAUUUGGAACGAAUUGAGUUACCGAACCAGUUGAUAGCAGUUCUUGGAGACCCAUUACUCCAAAAGCUAUUAACCCUAAAACCACACAGCGAAGCUCACCAACGGGCCAGUAGUUGGUUAGCUUCAUAUGGGCAAGACUUAAUGAGUGGAGAGGGUGCCGUAGACACCAAUGAUUGCUUAGAAAUGCUAAAAUCCUAUGCUUCCAGUACUAGGACCUUUCCCCCAAUAUUUUUGGCCUUCUUUAACGAGUAUCUCAAGAUAUGGAACGGCCACGAUGGACGAGAUUUGGUAUUAGCAAUAUUAUCAUAUUUGCCAUUACUUAGCUUUUCAGAACUAUCAACUGGCAUUUUACAGCCCCUUGAAGUUAAGAUCCUAGACAACACCACGGAUUCCCAACUACACUUACUUCAAUUUUAUACAACUCUGCUCCGACGUUGGACUAUCUGCCUAGCAUCGCUUGAGCAGAAAUCGAGCCAAGCAUCAGAUAUCAUUGCUGAUCUAGUAACUCACGUCAACGACCUCUGUCUCACUCUUGUUCAGACAUCCCCUACAGCCUCCACACACUCGAAGGUUCUGGAUUUCUAUGAACAGACAUCGGUUCUAGCUUCGGAUCCAAAGCUAUUACUUCAUACUCGGAUAAUGAUACCGCCCUCCCCGUUGGUAUAUAUCCUUCACUUCAGCUUCGCCCCAAGCACUUUGGCUCGACUCUGUUCAAUACUGUCGAAGUAUAAAGCAGGAUUUCAGAAGGCCAUGGCUACGUCUCGUUCCGCAUAUACCUCGGAAUACAUCAACGAGUUUAAUGGGUUUCUCAUGGACAUCUGCAAUUGUAUUUGGCGAUCGCGUGCUUUCAACAAUAGUGAUGUCAACGCCCACGGCUGCUUGGUAUCUAGAUCACUUACUGAUGAUUUCAUGUCGUACGUCAACAAUCUCAACAUGGGCACUUCUCUUUCAUCGCUCUUCUCUCUAUCGUACUCGCCGGUCUUGUGCCUCUCGGCAAUCUCACACUUCCGCGAGCUAGAAGACGAAGAGUUACGGCAAAACGAGGGCGAACUCAGCACUAGGCAUGCCGGGCCCGUGACACGUGCCAGUCUCAAUGCUCUAGCUAGUAGGGGUGGGCUUAGAGUGGGUUGGGAUGAUUAUCGCCUCGGUGUACUAAGUUAUCUAGAACGGCAGAGCAUGGCUGGUGUUGGAGAGUUGAUGUAUAACACGAUGACGAACGUAAUGAAAAGGAGGUCGAUGAUGGCAGAAACUGCUUAAGACACGGUUUCACAAUAUCCAUGAGGCCCGGCCACUAUGGGUCUACUCAGGACCGAUAGGUAACCAAAAUACGAAUUAAAUGCACAAGCCAGACUUGAUCAUGUAAAUCUAAU